AUGACGUACUCUGAACGGGCCACAAAAUUUACCAACAAAGUUGCCCGUGAAUUAUUCGAGAUAGUAGAACGCAAGAAAACAAAUCUUGCGCUUGCUCUUGAUGUGACCACUAAACAAGAGUUCCUUAAUAUAACCGACAGCGUAGGUCCUUAUAUAUGUUGCUUGAAGACACAUAUCGAUAUCUUGGUGGAUUUUGAUGAUGAGCUUAUUGAACAACUCAAAAGACUGCAAGCAAAACAUUCCUUUUUGAUCUUUGAGGACAGAAAAUUUGCAGACAUCGGUAACACGGUGAAGCAUCAAUAUUCGCAGGGUAUCUACAAGAUCUCGGAGUGGGCUGAUAUCAUAGAUGCUCACAGUCUGCCGGGUGAUGGAAUUGUGUCCGGAUUGAAAGAAGUUGGUCUUCCCUUGGGUCGUGGGUUAUUACUUCUCGCUGAGAUGUCAUCGAAAGGAAGCUUGGCUACUGGAUCCUACACGGACGCUACCGUAGAAAUGGCGCAAAGGCAUAAAGAUUUUGUUAUAGGAUUUAUUGCUGGUAGGAAGCUUUUGAUGAAUGAUGACUUCGUCACUAUGACACCAGGAGUUGGACUAGACGUUACUAAGGAUGGAUUAGGCCAACAAUAUAGGACACCCAGAGAUGUAAUACUUGAAAGUGGUAGUGAUAUAAUCAUUGUGGGACGCGGGAUAUACGGAAGUGGCAAGGAUGUGAUAGCAGAGGCUCGACGUUAUAGGGAUGUGGGAUGGAAUGCGUACGAAGAGAGAAUAGGAAAAAAAUGA